UGUCCCAUGCUCCCUCUCAUCUUCUGCCCUCGUUUCUCUGAGCAGUUGUCCCCAGGGGGAGGCAGACGCAGAUCUCUGAGGGAGAGAGCAGAGGAUGGAGGAGGCAGUGACAGUUUGUAGGGCAGGCGUUUGCUAAGAGGUGGGAGGUGAAAGUCGGGGAACGAAGGACGAGCGAAGGGACACUGGGUCCAUAAAGAGAGAUUAAGGAGGAAAAAGUAAGUAGAGGUGAGAAGAAGUAAAGAAAAGGGGGAAACAGGAAGUGUAACAGUGUCAGCAACAGAAACAGUAGGUUCACUUGUCGCCAUGACAACAGAAGCAGGCUCUGAGACCGAGGUGAAGGAGACGGCGGAGGAGUCGGCUGCUCAGCCGGACCAAUCGGAGAAGGAAGCAGAAAAAGCCCAGGAAGUGGCAAACGCGGAGGGAGAGGAGAAAGCAAAAGAACAGGACAAAGCGAAAGAGGUGAAGGAGGGGAAAGGAAUAUCCCGAUACCUGCCAGGAUGGCUUAAGAAGCAGAAGUCCCAAGGCCAGACCUCCCCAACCAAGGAGGUCCCCCCCGCAGAGGAAGCCGUCAGCAAGGAGACACCAGACGAGGCAGAGUCUGCCCCAGAAGUGAACGGCCACGCAGAGGAAGUGGAGGAGAAGGAAGCGGCAGAGACGGUGCAAGUGAAGGAAAGAGACGCAGAAUCUCAUUCCAACGCCAGCGCGGACACUGAGCCUGCCAAGGAAGAGAAGGAGGAGAAGAGCUCUGAAAAAAGUCCGGAGGAGACCAAGGAGACAAAGGGAGAAGAAGGAGCAGAGGAGCUGAAGAAGGAGAAGGAAGGAGAGGUGGAAGCUAAAGGCGAGGGAGGAGAAGGCCAGACCUCUAUUUUCACGUCUCCUCUUCGUCUGGCGAGGAAGACAAAGAUGAAGCUCGUGGUGUGUCAUGUUACGCUUCUGGAUGGGACGGACUUCACCUGUGAGGUGGAGAAACGUGCUAAGGGUCAGUACUUGUUCUUCAAGGUGUGUGAGCACCUUAAUCUACUGGAAAAAGACUACUUUGGCCUGAUAUAUAAAGACAGCCAUGAACAGAAGUGUUGGUUGGAUCCCACCAAGGAAAUCAAGAGACAGAUACGAAGUAACAACUGGCAAUUUGCAUUUAACGUCAAGUUCUACCCUCCAGAACCCUCACUGCUCACUGAGGACAUUACUAGGUACCUGUUGUGUCUGCAGCUCCGUGAAGAUGUUGCUUCUGGUCGACUGCCGUGCUCCUUUGUCACUCAUGCUCUGCUGGGGUCGUACACAUUGCAGGCAGAAUUUGGUGACUAUGAACCUGACCAACCUCGACCUCUGGACUACAUCAGUCAACUGACCUUCGCACCCAAUCAGAAUAAAGAGAUGGAGGAGAAGAUCCUUGAACUCCACAAGUCACAUAGGGGAUUGACACCAGCACAGGCUGACACCCAGUUUCUAGAAAACGCCAAGAAACUGUCUAUGUAUGGAGUGGACCUGCACCAUGCUAAGGAUUCUGAGGCUGUGGACAUCAUGCUAGGCGUGUGUGCCAACGGUCUCCUGGUUUACAAAGACAGACUUCGGAUCAAUCGCUUUGCUUGGCCCAAAAUCCUCAAGAUUUCGUACAAGAGGAACAACUUCUACAUUAAGAUCAGACCAGGAGAGACGGAGCAGUUCGAGAGCACAGUGGGCUUCAAGCUGCAGAAUCAUCGAUCUGCCAAAAAGCUGUGGAAAGUCUGCGUAGAGAAUCACAGUUUCUUCAGGCUAAAUGCACCAGAACCUCCAACAAAGGCUCGUUUCUUGACACUGGGUUCUAAGUUUCGUUAUAGUGGGCGCACUCAGGCCCAGACCCGUAUGGCCAGCUCCCUCAUAGACAGACCUGCGCCCAACUUUGAACGCACGUCGUCGAAACGCAUCAGCCGGAGUCUGGAUGGAGCUCCAGUGAUCAACAUAACGGAGGCCGGCAGGGACAUGGCGGAGAACGGACGGGAGCUCCACUCUGACUCUAAGAGUCCUAUGAGAGUGCAUGGGGACAAUAUUUAUGUGAGGCACAGUAAUUUAAUGUUGGAGGACCAUGAUAAGACCCAAGACGAGGUUCUGAAACACCAAGCUAGCAUUAGCCAGCUCAAACGCUCCUUUAUGGAGGCGCCACCUCCCUCUCCUCCUCAGCCCAACCAGUGGGAGAAACGUCUCACCUCCUCCCCCGCAACAACGCUACGCAUUCAGCAGCAACAACAGCAAGUGGUGAGUGUGCCCCAAAUGGAAGCCUCUGCAGCUGAUAACACAAUCUCUGAUACCAAAGAACCUGUGAAGACAACCGAAGUUGAAAUUGAGGAAACCGUUGUCAUCCAAGAAGUUUCCAAAGCAACCAAAUCUGGAUUUGUUACUGUUACAACCAGUGACCCAACUGCAGAGCAGGAAACAAGAGCAGAGGUUGAGGAGGAAGCAGCAGUGGUACUAGUGAAGGAAGCAAAGACAGCGAAGCAGGAGAGCGUUUCCUCUGAGAGUGAGAGCGAAGAAGAAGCAGAGUAUCACCCAAAUGUCCCAGUGUCCAUUUCUCAUACACAAAUACCAGAAGAGAACGAAGAUGAGGAAGAGCACGAGAAGAAUGAGGUUGAGGCAGUGGAGCAGGACAAGACUGGUCCAGAUGCUGCUCCUCAUCCAGCUGAAGUCAACCAACCUGAGGCAAUCGCUCGACUCGAAGAGGAGUGCGGGAAAGUCGAUACGGAGGCCACAGAGGAUGAGAAAGUUGAGCCUGAGCCAGAAGGAAGCACAGAUGACCCAAAGAUGCUUCCCGAUGAAGCUACUAAUGGUGUCUCCCACAAAGAGGAGGCCGUGACCAGUUUGGCCGAGGAAGAAGAGCAACCGAAAAUGAAUGGAGAGUCCAGUGUGCUCGAAGCAGAACUACGACCACAGGUUAUUUGUUGCUCUGAGCCACCUGUGGUAAAGACAGAAAUGGUGACUAUAUCAGACACGUUUGCAGCCCAGAAAACUGAGAUAGCAACUAAAGAAGUGCCCAUCGUACAUACGGAAACCAAGACCAUCACGUACGAGGCUGCACAGUUGGAUGGUACUGGUGACGGUGAGCCUGGCGUGUUGAUGACUGCUCAGACAAUCACCUCUGAAUCUCUUUGUACUACUACAACCACGCACAUUACCAAGACAUUGAAGGGCGGCCUGUCGGAGACCAGGAUCGAGAAGCGCAUCGUCAUCACUGGCGACUGUGAUAUCGACCACGACCAGGCUCUGGCACAGGCCAUUAAGGAGGCCAAAGAGCAACAUCCUGACAUGUCUGUUACCAGAGUGGUGGUUCAUAAAGAAACUGAACUGGCUGAGGAGGAAGAUUGACUGAAUGCAGAGUUGCCCACCGUGACUGUUUUCUCUGUUGACACUGAACGAUCUUCAUCACCCGACGACCACCGACCUCGACCUCGACCGACUGAAGCGCAGGAGGAGGGUUAGACGGCUGGAGAGAAGUUGCCAAUCUCUUUCUAGACAGCCUUUCUUCCAUGUCUGUGGUGAAUCUCUAUCCCUCACUUUCGAACCAGGAAAAGGAAAAUUAAUAUCCUCACUCUUCAAGGGAGUGAAAAAAGAACCACUUUGUUAGCUUAACGUUCGUAGCAUGUUUUUAUUUUUAUAAUAGUGCUUUUGUUUGUUUUACAAAAUGAGAGAAAAUAGUGCGUCAUAUAUUCUAAGGAUUAAACAUUAAACAGGAAUGCACUGAUGACUAAUCCUGGUAAGGAGCACGACUGAAGUAAUCAUUGUACUGGUUAGUGUCACAGUACUGGUGUAACUCAGUGACCCUUGAAGUUCAAAGCAAGUUUGUGCUUUUUUCCCCAUAUACAAAAAGACGACAAAGCUUUUAUCCUCAUGAUUUAGUGAAAGCAUUAUUUGUCUGUAUCGGUGGCAGAAGGUGCAUUGGUGCAUUCAAACAGCUCCCUGCCUCCUGCCUGUAUUUGUAACGAGCUACACACAUAAACAGUAACAAGGAGAGCUUUUCAAACAUAUUAAGUAAUAAAACAAAGCUGUGUGAUUCAGAUGAAGGGCAGGAGACUGGGAGCUGUAACUUAAAACCCUCCUUAUCCUUAAUAAUCGGCCACUUUCCGCUGUGUAGCAGCAGAGUAAGUUCGUUUUCAGUUCAGUCAAAGAAGAAAUGCAUUUUUAACAUUUACAUUAGGUGAGAAUUGAAGGGGUUUUAUUCAAAUUCUGGUUACAUAAAGGGUAUUUGAGGUCUAUUCAACGUCACUGUACACUAAAAAAAAUGAAGGUUUUUCUUGAUGGGAGCAUCUUUUUAUGACACUACUCAUUCCUACUGGGCCUCAGGGAAGCCAGGGAGCAGUAAAGCUAUUGGGAGAGAGGACCAGUAAACUGGGGUGACUGGGACAUAGUGGCUACAGUGUCCACUAACGAGCUGGGACAUUAAUUGAGUCGUCAAAGACUUUAAUCUUUUAAUUUCCUCACAACAAAUGCUUAAAAUGAAGAUCUAAUUGAAAUUUAAGUUAUUUAAGAAGAGCUUUGUGCUGUGACCAACACAGGUACCAAAACGAGGUGAUGCAGUUGGAACAACUUGAAACUAUUUCUGUCUAAAAUUCAUUAUUCAGUUUCUGCCAACGCUUCCUCAGAGGCCGUUUCACUUCCAGCUUCUUUUCACCCUGCUCGCUGUAACGAGAGCCGCGUUUGCAUUCAGCACGUCUUCGCACAUUUCUAUCUUGCCAAGCGUAUUCUGAGUGAGUCUAGAUAGAAGGCUACCGCACGGAUUGGUUUGAGAGUGUGUAGGCAACAGGCGAAGUCAGAACUCUCCUCGACGUGUUCAACCGCAACCAAAUAUUUGCUGCGUUCAUGUCUUUUUUUUUAUGUCUGUUUCUACAGUUCCUAAAUUUUUCACGUUUGUUAUUUAAAGCAUCGGUGGGUGGGAAGAUGCAUGAAAUUAAAAUUAUCCUGGCCGGUCGCCGGUUCAAACUUUUUCAUAAAUGCGGGUUUUACCGACAUGAAUCGGCUCAUUUACUGGGAGUUAGUUGCUGUAGGGGAAAAGCAGAAGCACACGGUUUAAAUGAUGCACGUAGACCAGGCACGUCGACUCACACUCACUAGACCACGAGCAGAAAUGGAAUCGGUUCCAAUGUUUUAUUCAAGUUUUCUAUUCUGCAUUCUUUCACGAAUAUGUUCAGAGUUUCACAAAGAGCACGAUCGUAAAUAUCGACAGAUUGAAAUGUGUUAAAGCACGUUCAGAUUUCACACAAAAACAAACACAUUUCGGUGAAACUGAACUGAUGAUUAAGAUGAAAUAAAAUUCCACCUGCCACGUUUGAUUUGGAGCCGCUCAAACUUUGAAUGUAUCUUGAAUUCGACGUGGUUUAAAAACUUUGCUCACUUUCGGCUUUUCAAUGGUGAAACCCUUCUACACCUCUACUAUGCAGUUUAAUGACAACAUUCCAGAUGAGGGCGACGCUUUAACCUCGAACCCUUUUAUAAAGAGACAAAGCAGCAAAAAUGAAGGACACGGAACCAUGUGACACUAGGCAGCUUUAGACAUUUUCACUGUUCCAAAAGCAUUUAGUUCUAUCACAGCUCUAAUUGUAGUGGUUUUCACAGUUUGUUGUCAUAUCUUUGUGAAACUGAUCUUGUUAAAAGGUGGGAUUUCUUGUGCCCCCUCUUGAUAUCCAUAAAAUUCAUUCAAUUUUUUUCUUUUUUCUUUUUUUCUUCAAGGGGCCCCACUUCAAAUCAAACUUUCUGCCUUUGUACUUGCAGCCACAGGCUUCGCCCUCUGUUCGGGGGGUCUGGGCUCUUGUAAACAGUCACAGGAGCUUUGGGAGCUGUGGGAUCUGUUUUUUUCCAAAAUCGUACAGUUAACCUGAGUGAAAUACUCACAAAUGACUGUCUUUAAUACAAAGAUCAACAUCUUAACGUCAGGGAUGUUGGAAAGAUGACACACAUCCACCUCCCUGAAUGGUGCUGCACCAUCUCCACCCAGAUCAGACAACGCUUUGUAUUUUAUCUAACAAAAUGAAAUAAUCUUUAAUUAAAAACAUUGGAAAGCGUCCCACAGUUUCCUCACUGCUCCCUCUUAGCCAGCCAAUGAUCACCAGUAGGCUUUUUUCUAUCUAGCAGCUUCAUUGUCUCGUGCCUCCCCACACACAGCCACUCCUCCCCUGUGUAACACUGUUUAAAUAAAGGAUUGUUAUAAUCAGA